GGUUCAAAAAUGGUUUCAGUGCUGUUUGAGCUCCAUCUGCAAACCGCUGGAACGAUGAGGUCGCCGUGCGCGGUGCUGAGCGCAUCCCUGCUGCUGCUGCUGCUGCUGCUGUGGGCCCGCUCGUCAGUGGGCUGCAACAAGGCACUGUGCGCCAGCGACGUCAGCAAGUGCCUCAUCCAGGAGCUGUGUCAGUGCCGCCCAGGGGAAGGGAACUGUUCCUGCUGCAAGGAGUGCAUGCUCUGCCUUGGCACGCUUUGGGAUGAGUGCUGUGACUGUGUUGGUAUGUGCAACCCUCGCAAUUACAGUGACACACCUCCAACAUCCAAGAGCACUGUGGAGGAGUUGCAUGAACCAAUUCCUUCGCUUUUCCGAGCGCUCACAGAAGGGGAUACUCAGCUGAACUGGAAUAUUGUUUCCUUCCCUGUGGCAGAAGAAUUGUCUCAUCACGAGAACUUAGUUUCCUUUUUAGAAACAGUGAACCAGCCACAGCAUCAGAACGUCUCCGUUCCAAGCAACAACAUCCACGCACCUUACUCUAGUGACAAAGAACACAUGUGUACUGUGGUGUAUUUUGAUGACUGCAUGUCAAUACAUCAGUGCAAGAUCUCUUGCGAGUCCAUGGGAGCAUCCAAAUACCGAUGGUUUCACAACGCCUGCUGUGAGUGUAUUGGGCCAGAGUGCAUCGACUAUGGCAGUAAAACUGUAAAAUGUAUGAACUGUAUGUUUUGAAGCAGAAAAAUUGUAAUACAGUAAUAUGGAGGCCAAAGUAAUCCCUCUCAGUUAAAGAGAAGCGGAUUGGAAAUCUUGCAUUUUGGUGGCGUGCCUAAUGGUUGCAAUUAAAUGGAGCUGGUUGAAAAAAGAUGUAUAAAAUUUGAAACUUGUUUUUUUAAAUCCAUGCAAGCAAGGCUAACUUGUAGAAUUUUCAACAUUAUGUUUUAUUUUUCUUCUGCUCAAAUGGUACAGCCGUGCUCAUCCUUGCUGUUCUGAUUGUUUUCUUUUGAUUUGAUACUAUUGACUAUAUUGGUUUUCAGAAUAUAAUGCAAUAUCUUGUAGUUUAGAGUAGGGAAAACUUAAGAAUAUGGUAUUGAGUUUCUCAUCAUCAAAGUUCAACAAAUAAAUGAGUGGAUACCGAGCUGCAAGGAGAGAGUUCUUGAGGUGCCCGGUCUUCGUGGUUUGCUUGUUUGUUUGUUUUUUAACUUUAUUGCCCUCUAGUUUCCAAGCUUAGCCUUCUAUUGUGAAAAUGUUAUUUGAGGAGAAAGAACAAUUAAUGCUUCAAGUCUAAAUCAUGGGCUGUCAUGGAUAAAAUCCUGACUUCUUAGAAGGGCUGCCCUACAAAAUGCGGAGUGUAUUGGGACGCUUCUCCUACCAGUUUUAUUUGCCAUGUUCUUUCACAUACAUUAAGAACUGAAAAAAUCUUUUCAGUCUUCACUGAGAGACCAAAGCAAGGCUAUUAGGUGCAGUUGCAUCUCCUCCCUUUUGCACUGUUCUCUAGGUUCACUUAGUCUUUGAACAUUCAGUGCAGUAAAGGGAACGUGACGUUUUAUUUUGAAUAUAACAAAUAAAUGAGAAAACAAAAAAAAGCAUGAACUAGCAAGUGCUACAGGGUUAUCAGCUGAACAGUUGGCAGCAGAUGCGUUCACAUUUAGUAGUUUGCUAUGAAUAUUUAUUCCAAAACAUAAGUCUUACUUUUGUUUUCCCAUGAGAUGUCAUCGCCAAAGAAGGGAAGAUGUGCCCCCAGAGGCAGAAAUCGGAUGUUCUGAGCACAGGACCCUGUCCAUUUUUCUAAGAAAGAAUUUUAGUAUGUUGACAGUUGCGUGGCAAUUCUAUGCUCCAAUUAAGACUCCAUUGAUAAUGGUACUAAGUGCAAAAAAUGAAGUGUAUGAGUAGUUAAUGAUCAGCUUUUGGUAUUUAUAAUGAUGUGUUUUUUAAUGCCUUGACUUUUUUAUGCAUAUAUGCAUAUAUCUGUAUGCACACACAAAAAAAAGAAUUUGCCUAUUCAUGUUUCUCUCACUGCCCUCCGUCUAGAGGGAUUAAACUGUUUUCUAGUCACACCUGAAUAUCUGUACCAUGUACAAAUGAAAGCAGUCAUUUUAAAUAUAUUUUCUUGAAAGGGUUUCCUGAAUGCAUUUUUAUUUUCUCUCAUUAUACAGCUCUUUCAACAAGACAAAAUAAACAUAUAUAUUAAAUAUACUGUCGUGAAAUAAUGUUACUUUCUUCAAUCUCUUUUCUCAGCUGUAAAGAAGUACUUGAAAGAUAAACGUUUAUUGUUUUGAGCUAGUAGAUAAUGGAGUACCUGCAUACUUUAAACUUGCAAUUAAGUGAUAAAUCAUGGAUGUAAACAGAAGAACUUAGUUUUCAAUGAAGGAGCUGAUCUUUGAAUAUUUGGUGAUACGUAUUAUCUUUUCCUUGGUUUUCUUAAAAUGAAUGGAGGGGGAGAGUUUGUUAAAAGUGGCUGUGACUGCUUCUGGUUGGAGAAUGAUGCAUUAUUCUUCACCAGGAUAGGAAGUAGGCAGUAAGCAUUCCUCCAGGUCACUAGCACGGUUAAGAUCUUGCAGUUAAAUGAUUUGAAGCACUGUCUGAAUCUUUUGAGAGUAGAAGAUGGGCCUGAUGUUUCUGGUUAGGUGCCUGCUGUUCUCCAUCUGUGACACCAUUGACGUCACAGAAUUUCAAUGGGAGGUCAAGUCAGAGGAGCAGCACGGGUUGAGAGGACUCGCCUGGAACAUGCCUGGGGAACAGCAUAAAAAUGUAAAUACACUUGUCUGUGUAAUGGCCUGAGAGUAGGUAGCAAGGAUGCACACUUUCUGGGGCUUGCCUUAACUUUGUAAUUCUUGAUGCUGUCUAGAGUUUGCUGUAAGCGUUGCCUGUAUGCAAACGUCAUACAGUAACAGCAAUUGUAUUUUAUUAUGAUGAGUGUUUUGAGAGGUAUUUUAAUAAAAGGACAUUACUGUUUCA